CAGCUCCACCUGCAGCAACAGAUUCAACAGGCGCAACAGCAGCACCAACAACAGUAUCAACAACAGUCUUAGAAGAAGGAAGUGUGCCACACCAGGAAACUGCUGGAGGUCCCCCAAAAUGGAGUCCGAGCAGAUCAAGGUGGAGCCCGAUUUCUACUUUCCAGUCGGUGAAACGUACGCCGCAGAAGAGGACAACGCGGCAGAGGACGGCGGUGGCGACGGUCUCGACGAAGAGCAGCUGCUCGAGAUGCACCAGAUCGACCUGGAUGACAGUCCGGUGAAGCCAAAGUUAGUUUCGAAUGACGACGACGACGACGGAAGUGGCCGUGAAGUCGAUAGUGAUAGUGGUGGAGGUGGUGGCGGCAUCGUUAGUAAUAAGGACGCUCUAGAAGCGCAAAGACAGUACAAGUGUGAUGUGUGUGGGAAGGUGUUGGACACGGCGUAUCAUCUGCAACGGCACCAGAAGAUUCACACCGGGGAGCGUCCCAGUGUCUGCCGGCUGUGCGAUAAGGCGUUCAUUGAGCCGUCCGCCCUGAAGGUUCACCUGAGAAUCCACACCGGCGAGAAGCCGUUCCGCUGCAAGAUCUGCCCGCUUCGUUUCACACAAUCUUGCAACCUGCAGUCCCACUACCGACAAGUGCACGGUGUCGACCCGAGGGGCGAUCCCCAAUAUUUCCGCAAAAUGUGCCAGCUUCUGCUACAACAACAGCAGCAACAACAACAACAAGCCAAGCCCUCAGCAUCGAGGCCCUCCAGCUCCAGGUCGCUGCCCAAGUUGACUCCCAAACCGAGCGAAGGACUUUGGGAGUGCUGCGUGUGUGACGAACCAUUCCAAGACCGCGAUCUGCUGUUGAUCCACGAGGAGACGCACGUUCCGGAAGCGCCCUUCGAGUGUCGUUACUGCACCACGGUCUACUCCGGGCUGGUCAACUUCCGAUCGCACGUCAACAUCCACCGGGUCAGCUUGCGCCAGGGAGGCUUUUCGGCGGCCGCUGCCCGCAGUCACUUCCAAUCGGGAGUUCGGGCGAACGCCAGCGCGAUCGUUGCCGGUCGUAAACCCGUGGAGAACAGUGGUGAAAGUGACGUGGCGCUGAACACGAACCAGCCGUUCGUGCCGAGCAACGACAAGACGGCACCGUACAAGUGCGUCGAGUGCAAGCGCAACUUCCAGAAGCAAGAUCUGUACUCCCACAUGAAGGUACACCUCAAGCAGAAGAACAUCUUCUCCAAGAAGAGUCUCAAGUGUGAAAAGUGCGGCCGAGUGUUUGAGAAGGAGUUGACGCUGAAGAAGCACAUGGACACCGUGCAUCCGACCAGCGCAAACGCCUUGCUGCGGGAGGCACUUCGCGAGCAGAUAACCAAGCGCACGCAAUCCCCUGCGACGGGGACGACAACCCUCAAGAUCUCCUCCGAGGUUGACUUGGUCCCGAUAGAGCCGCGUGUCAAACAGGAAGCGGCGGAAAGUGCCCUCGGCGAUGACGAGGUCAACUCGACGGUGUCGGACAAUCCCAUCCUGACGCAGCUGCUCAACAGCAACUCCAGCCCGCAGCUUUCCGUGGUGCCUGGUGGGAGCUCGCGUAGUCCAGUUGCUGGCGAACGUGCUGACGAGGGAGGAUUUGUGAUCAGUGCGGUGGCAACCGUGGAUCAUAGCUUCCUGGAGCAGUUGGACGCGAUGGAGCGUGGUACGCAGCAGCAGCAGGAGCAGCCGAUGCCAGCGCUUCGUCGGAUGCCCGUGCUGGAGGAGAGCUUACGCCGCCCUCCGGUAGGCUCCUCCCAGCCCGACCAGCAGCCCACCACCGGACCCGCUCCGCUCAGCUCGGGCACCUACAGCUGCGUGUACUGCCCGCGGACCUUCAACGAGCACUUUGGCUUCCGGCAGCACAUGCGCUCCAUGCACUACGACGAAAAGCGCCACAAAUGCCCGGAGUGCGGAAAAAAGUUCUCCCUCGGAAUUACGCUGGCCACGCACAUGCGAAUCCACACGGCCGUCCACCCGUUCACCUGUAUCGUCUGCUUCAAGACGUUCAGCCGGUCGGCUUCCCUCAACGGACACCUGUCGAUGCAUUCCUACGGCGAGGUCAAGUGCGCCGACUGUGGCGAAACCAUGCUCAACGUGUUCAACUACAUGAAGCACAUCGAGAAAUUCCACCCGGACUUCCUACGUAACAUUGCCGCCUACCGGAAGAAGGCCGAAGCGGUGCUGCAGCGACGCCGCGAGCUGAUCGUCGAAAUCACCCGUGGUCUCGCCCAGCACCAGUCGGAAAUUCCGAACGUCCUGGCGCGACUCCGCGGCGAAGUCAACGCCGCGCCCCCACCGUCCGAGUCGUUCAAAAUUCGACUCGGCAAGCCGUACGCCCAAGAGCAGGACGAAGUGAGCUCCAGCGAGGGCGUCCUCGUCAAGCUUGAGCAGCCCGACUCCGUCAGUGGUGGCGGCGGCAGUGACGAAGUGGUCGUCAGUUCGGCCUCGGACCACGAAACGCUGCCGGCACUGCGUGCCGAACUGCGGAAACGUCCCAGGAGUGGCCAGGAGCUGGAACCGGCGCGGAAAUCCGCUCGCACUGCUGGGUCGUCGUCGCCGAAUUUGAAGCGUCUGCUCGAGGCGGCCUCCCCGCUGGCCACGGUCAAGUGCGAACCCUCGUCGGAGUAAGCUGAGGUAAGGUAUUAUUUGCUCGUUCGUUUCAUCAAUCACUUUAGUCAACGUGUGUGUGACAUCGCUGUACAAAUGUCUGCUUAAAUUAUAACGUAAGAAGUGUCGUGCAGUAAAAUGGAAAUUGAAAGUUAAUCAAGUUUUUGGGUCCUCCUUAUUUGUUUCAUUAUAAUUUGAACAAUUUUUUGCCUAAAAUGCGCAAACGUUCGCAUCUCGUGUUCAUGUAUCUAAGUGUUAGGAAUUAGAUGAUAACAAUAAAUUCUGCAUUU